CUCUCUAGGUCAGAUGCAUAAUGCAGUAAAUUUACUUUGGUAUAAGUUGAUCAACUGGGGACGAUGUAUAUUGGUUCCUAUUUUUAUCUUUUAUUUUCUUUUCUCGAUGAUCCAAUCUCUAUUAUUAUUAAAUGUGCGCUAGAAAAUGUGUAACUAUGUUUUCUUCUUCGAGACUAUGUUUGAAAGUGGUUUUAUUUAACAAGCUGUUUUGCACUGAAGGAACUCAGGCUUAUGUUCGAAACUUUGUAAGUAGCCUAGUGCAUAAUAAAAUUAUGGCAGUACCAAGCCGAGCUAGAGUAUAUACAGAUGUUAACUCACACAAGCCAAGAGAAUACUGGGAUUAUGAAAGUUAUGCAGUUGAUUGGGGUCAGCAGGAUGAUUACCAACUUGUUAGGAAACUUGGCAGAGGAAAAUAUAGUGAAGUUUUUGAAGCUAUCAAUGUUACAAACAAUGAAAAAUGUGUAGUUAAAAUAUUAAAGCCUGUAAAAAAGAAGAAAAUUAAACGAGAGAUAAAGAUUUUAGAAAAUUUGAGGGGUGGUACAAAUAUUAUUACGUUGGAAGCUGUAGUGAAAGACCCCGUCUCUCGGACGCCGGCGUUAAUUUUCGAACAUGUGAACAAUACGGACUUCAAACAACUUUAUCAAACGUUAACAGAUUUUGAUAUUCGUUUUUAUUUAUAUGAAUUGCUCAAGGCUUUGGAUUACUGCCAUAGUAUGGGUAUUAUGCAUAGGGACGUGAAACCUCAUAAUGUUAUGAUUGAUCAUGAAAAUAGGAAAUUACGUUUAAUAGAUUGGGGUUUAGCUGAAUUUUAUCACCCUGGUCAAGAAUAUAAUGUUAGGGUUGCAUCAAGAUAUUUUAAAGGACCUGAGUUAUUAGUAGAUUAUCAGAUGUAUGAUUACUCGUUAGACAUGUGGUCACUGGGUUGUAUGUUAGCUUCAAUGAUCUUUAGAAAAGAACCUUUCUUUCAUGGCCAUGAUAAUUAUGACCAAUUAGUUCGCAUAGCCAAAGUCCUAGGUACUGAAGAGCUCUUUGAAUAUCUAGACCGAUAUCAUAUAGAGUUAGACCCAAGAUUCAAUGAUAUAUUAGGAAGACAUUCCCGGAAAAGGUGGGAGCGUUUUGUUCAUAGUGAAAAUCAACAUUUAGUAUCUCCUGAAGCUUUAGAUUUUUUGGAUAAACUAUUACGUUACGAUCACUUAGAACGCCUUACUGCACGAGAUGCUAUGGAUCACUCCUACUUUUAUCCAGUAGUGAAGGAACAAUGUAGAUUGAUUUCUACAGUAUCAUCUUCCCCUACUCCACUCACAGGCAACUUGUCUGUUGUUGGAGUGGGUGAGUAGCAAGCAGUUAAAACACUAUUAUAUUAUUUCAUGCUAUCAUAAUUGCCAUACCCACGUUUGUAAAAUACCAGAUCAAAUCAUGUUUUGCUAGGUUUUCAUUUAUCAUAACUACUUCUUUUACACUUUUUAUUUUACAAAAUUAUUUUUACAAUUCUUUAUAUUUCUACCAGUAAAUAAUAGGAACAUCUAGAUUUGUUACCAUACAUUGUAACGAAGGAGUAUGUAUUCUUUUCCAUAUGCAAUGUACUAUAUUGUUAAAAUAUGUGUAUUGUAAUAUUUUUUCUAUUAAGAAGUUCAUAAUGGAGUAUGUUCACAGAGAAUUAUUAGUGGAUAAUUAAGUUAACGGUAGCUGUAAAUUUCUGUAAUACAAUCUACUAGUAAUUUUCUGUAUAAAAUGUAAUGAUAGUGAUACUGGAAUAAAAACUAUGUAAAUUAUUUAUGUUUAUUUAUGAUGAGACUUCUGUAUUUAAAAAUGGUCACACAAUAUUGUACAACCUGUUACUGUACAAAGAUUGCUGUUUGAAUUACAGCAGCUUCAAAAUAUGGGUCAAAACAAUACUAAACAUUAAUUUGUAUUAAGAACAAUUUAAAUAAUUUAAAUUGUUUGUUCUGAGUUAUUUCGUUUGUAAAUUAUCCUUUUGCAAUAAACUUUAUAAGAAAAAAUAAAAA